AUGGCCGAGCUCAAAUCGCUGUCUGGGGACACGUACCUGGCACUGAGCCACGGCUACACAGCGACGGGCCACGCCUACGCAGCGGCGUGCAUACCAGAAACUACACGAGGCUUUGGUGCGUCCAGUCCAGGUGGCGACCUCCCGGCUGUGCCUGCUUCCCGCGUCCCUGCCGCGACGGUCGAGAGCAGUGGGGAGCAGAGCGGCGAUGAGGACGACGCCUUCGAGAGGCGGCGGCGGCGGCGAGGGCCCGGGGUCUCGGUGGAUGCACGGCGGCGGCCCCGGGAGCAGCGCUCGCUACGGCUGAGCAUUAACGCACGCGAACGGCGGCGAAUGCACGACCUGAACGACGCGCUGGACGGACUGCGCGCAGUCAUCCCCUAUGCACACAGCCCGUCGGUGCGCAAGCUCUCCAAGAUCGCCACGCUGCUGCUGGCCAAGAACUACAUCCUCAUGCAGGCUCAGGCCCUGGAGGAGAUGCGGCGCCUGGUGGCCUACCUCAACCAAGGCCACGGCCUCGCUGCGUCUGUGGCCGCCACGCCACUGACUCCCUUUGGCCAGGCAGCAGUCUACCCGUUCUCGGCGGGCGCGGCGCUCGGGCCCUGCCCAGACAAGUGUGCCGCCUUCUCCGGAUCGGCCUCGGCGCUUUGCAAGCACUGCGGCGAGAAGCCCUGA